AAUAUAUUUUCCGAUUUCCUUCGUUUAUUUAUGACAUUGCGUUCAGUGGACGAAACGAUUUGUUUGGUGUUCAACUGGAGUAUCGUAUACUGGUUGGUUUGUGAUAACACGAUGAGGAAAUCAAAGGGAUUUUUAAAUUUUGGUGCUGUGUUCUUGAUUGCAUUUAUUGCUGCGUUUGUGGGCUCUUGUUAUGGCGAUCUGAGCUAUUCCGUGCCUGAAGAAAUGAAGAAAGGGACGGUGUUUGGAAAUAUAGCAAAGGAUCUUGGUCUCGGUGUUAAAGCACUGUCAGAUCGUAAGGCUCGGAUUGACAUGGAAAGUGAAGACAAACGUUUUUGCGAUCUUCAGGGAGGAGAACUGGUUAUUACAGAAAGAAUAGACCGCGAGGAGCUUUGUGGGUCAAAGCCAUCAUGUCCGUUAAAUUACGAAUUAGUUUUGGAGAACCCUUUGGAAUUGCAUCGCAUUACACUGCAGAUUGAGGAUAUAAAUGACAACCCACCUCGCUUUCCAGAGAGUGAAAUUAAAUUCGAAAUCAGGGAAUCUGCCGAUAAAGGCGCACGUUUCCCUUUGGACGAGGCGCACGAUUCGGAUGUGGGGCGAAACGGAAUUCAAAGCUAUUCACUGCAGGAGAACGAUUAUUUUACCUUAUCUGUGCAUUCUAAUUCAGAUGUUGGGAAAUAUUGUGAAUUAGUUUUAGAAAAGGAGCUUGAUCGUGAACAGAAGCAAGAAGUGACAUUGUUGCUUACGGCUACAGACGGAGGCACUCCACUAAGAUCUGGUACUGCAGUCAUACGUGUUAUUGUUCUUGAUGCAAACGAUAAUCUUCCAGUAUUCAGCCAAGCCGUUUACAAAGUAAGUCUGGCUGAAAAUACCCCAGUAGGCACUGUGGUUGUGACUGUGAGUGCCACAGACGCAGAUGAAGGAGCAAAUGGGGAGGUCACUUAUGCCUUUAGUCGCAUAUCUGAUAAAGCAGCAAGACUCUUCUCUGUUGAUGAAGUGACUGGAGAGAUCAAAGUGAUUGGAACAAUAGACUAUGAGGAUAAAUAUGAGUAUGAAUUAAGAAUUCAGGCAAAAGAUGGUGCGGGACUCGCUUCUCAUGCAAAGGUUGACAUUGAUAUCACAGAUGUUAAUGACAAUGCACCUGUGAUAUCUAUUAAAUCACUUAAUGUGCCAAUUCCUGAAAAUGUAGCCCCAGGCACAGAAGUCGGUGUCAUAAAUGUUCAGGAUAAAGAUACAGGGAGAAAUAAACAGAUGCGCUGCUCCAUUCAGCAGAAUGUUCCAUUUAAAUUAAAUCCAUCUAUUAAAAACUAUUACACACUGGUUACUACAGCUGAACUGGACCGUGAGCUUGUAGGUGAUUAUAACAUAACAAUUACAGCUACUGAUGAAGGGUCUCCACCAUUGUCUGCUUCUAAAACGAUACAUCUGUCUGUGUCUGAUAUAAAUGAUAACCCACCUGUAUUUGGGGAGCAGUCCUACAGCACAUAUGUGACUGAGAAUAACAAGCCUGGCUCCUCUGUCUGUUCUGUUACUGCGAGAGACCCAGACUGGAGACAGAAUGGCACAGUGUUCUACUCUCUGUUGCCCAGUGAGGUCAAUGGUGUUCCGGUCUCCUCAUAUUUAUCCAUUAAUGGAGACACAGGGGUGAUCCAUGCUGUGAGGCCCUUUGACUAUGAGCAGUUCAGAAGCUUCAAAGUUCAGGUUGUAGCCAGAGACAAUGGUUCUCCUCCACUCAGCAGCAACGUGACUGUGAGUGUGUUCAUAACAGAUGAGAAUGAUAACUCUCCUCAGAUAUUAUACCCUACUCCAGAAGGAAACUCCUUCAUGACUGAGAUGGUUCCUAAAGCUGCUCUUUCUGGCUCGCUGGUCUCCAAAGUGAUCGCUGUUGAUGCUGACUCUGGACAGAACGCGUGGCUGUCAUAUCAGAUCGUCAAGUCGGCUGAUCCGGGACUUUUCACUAUUGGUCUCCACAGUGGAGAGAUCAGGGCUCAGAGGGACAUUUCUGAAUCUGACAGCAUGAAGCAGAACCUUGUGAUCUCAGUGAAAGAUAACGGACAGCCCUCUCUCUCUACAUCCUGUGCCGUAUAUUUACUCAUCUCUGAUAACUUGGCUGAAGUUCCUGAACUGAAAGACAUGUCUUAUGAGGAGAGCAAUUCUAAACUCACAUCUUAUCUGAUCAUUGCUCUGGUGUCUGUUUCUACCUUCUUCCUCACUUUCAUCAUCCUGAUCAUUGCUGUGAGGUUGUGUCAUAGGAGAAAGCCCAGGCUGUUGUUUGAUGGAGCAGUAGCCAUCCCCAGUGCAUAUUUACCUCCCAACUAUGCAGAUGUUGAUGGAACUGGAACUCUCCGCAGCACUUACAACUAUGACGCCUAUAUGACCACAGGGUCACGUACGAGUGACUUCAAGUUUGUUACAUCCUACAAUGACAACACGCUGCCUUCUGGCACCACUCUGAAGAGGAGCCCAGUGGACAACAGUGACUGUCUUAACUUCACUUCACUUGACUUCAUUGAGAAUGGAUCAAAAUGCUCCACCCUGGUAAAUCAUUUAAAUCUUUACUUGUUGGAAUGUGUUUCAUAAUUACAGGUUUUGGUUUAAUGAUGUGGUCAAAUUCUAUGAACCUAAAAUAAGGCAAUAUUUUAACUUUUCUGUUCAUCCAAACACCUCCCAUUACAUUCAAACACCUGCUGAAUUUCCAAACUUGCUUUCCCUUGAUUAGAAUGAGCUGAUUGUAUAUUCUGUUGGUUAUCCUGUGAAUGGUAUUCUUUGCAUUUUCAGAAUGCGAACUGUCGAUCACAGAUUUUUUAUGACUUUUUAUGCUAAGUAUACUGUUCAUUACUUUUGUCUGAUCUCUGACAUUCAGUACCACAGAUAUUGCCUUAGAUACUUUUGGUUAGUGGGUUGAUAUGUGAUUUGUUGUUAUAAGCUUUGUUGAUGUUGGUUAAAUGGGUAUGGAGAAAUUGUAUCAGUUGUACCUUAGCCUAUUGAUUAUUUAUUUACUUAUUCAGAGAGAACAUUUAUGUUUCAAAACUCUUCCUAAUAUCAGACAUUAGUGAAAGAAUAUAAAAUGGUCCCUAAUACUCUUUCUGGCUCGCUGGUCUCCAAAGUGAUCGCUGUUGAUGCUGACUGGACAGAACACUUGGCUGUCAUAUCCUGAUUGUUUCGCUGAGGAUUUGUCAGAGAUGAAAUCCCAGACUUGUUUGAUGGAGCAGUAGCCAUUCCCAGUGCAUAUUUACCUCCCAACUAUGCAGACGUUGAUGGAACUGGAACUCUCCGCAGUACUUACAACUAUGACGCCUAUAUGACUACAGGCUCCCUUACAAGUGAUUUUAAAUUUGUUACAUCAUACAGUGACAACUUCUGACACAACUCUGAAAUAGAGCCCAGUUGACAACAGUCACUAUCCUGACUUUAUUGGCAAUAGAUCUGUCCUCCACUCUGGUAAAUCAAUUUUAAGAUAAUUAUUGACUUGCGUAUCUUUGAUGAUUCUGAUGGUCUUAUACUACAUUUCCAUGAUUUUGUUGGACUGCAUUUCCAUAGAAAAAUCAGCUACAAUGUUUACAUUUUUGCUUUUUGUGAAGAAUAUCUCUAUGCAUUUGGGGAUGUAAAAGUAUAGAUGUAGUAGAAGUAACUGUGUUCUUAGAUCUACAUAACGUGUCUGUUUUUAUUGUAAUUAAUACAUUCGUCAUCAUUGCGAAGGUUGUUUGAAUACAGCAGUACUUUGUUCCUUUGGCCCACAUUUGCGUUUCCAUUUCCAUAGCCAUAUUAUGGCAUUCAAAUAAGGUUUCAUAUAUUCGUAGUUUGUAUGUGUUUUAUUUUCAAUACAUGUUGAAAUUCAUGGGUGGUGCGUUAAAUAGAUUUGGUCACUAUGGAAUGUACAUGCAUAGCGCUUUUUGACUGAUUGAGCGCAGUGUUUAAA